AUGGCGGAGCCGCUGCUGCGACGGACCUUCUCGCGGCUGCGGGGCAGGGACCGGCCGCGCGGGAAGAAACCGGAGGGCGGCGAGCGAGGACGACGAAGACGCGCCGCCCUCCGAGGAAGCGGCCGGCGGCCCCGGCAAAAGCCCUGGCGCCGGCGCCUAUUUGCAGAGCCUGGGAGCCCAGCAGCCGGCGUUGGGUGCUGGCGGGCGACGAGGCGGCGGGGCGGCGAGAUUUGGGUACAACCCCAUCCCCGAGGACGAGGACGAGCCGCGACCCCGGGGCGCCCGGGACCCGCCGCGGGCACCCGGCGGGGACCCGGCACCCCCAGAGAGCACCCAAGACCCACCGCGGGCGCCCACCGGCAGCCGAGGAGAGGAGCCGGGUCCCAGCGGGAGCCCCCGUUUGCGGUGAGGGGCGGGAAGGUGCCGCUCUCCUGCGUGGGGCCGGGGCCUCCGUCGCCCCCCUCCAGCCCCGGCGCCUCCAAGAAGAGCCGCUCGCUGGGCAAGGCCAAGUCGCCGGGCACCGUGCGCCGCCUCUCCCUGAAGAUGAAGAAGCUGCCCGAGCUGCGGCGGAAGCUGAGCCUGCGCAGCCCCCGGGCCCGCGGUCCCGAGGCCGAAGGCUCCGGCCUCGCCUCGCCCUCCGGCAAGGAGUCCAGCAACGUCAUUAGCCGCUACCACUUGGACAGCAGCGUGGCCUCGCUGCCCCGCGCCAAAGCGGCCACCAAGGGCGGCUACCUGAGCGACGGCGACUCCCCGGAGCACCCGGCCGAGCCCGAGGAAGAGGAGGGCGGCCUGGACGUCGGUGCUUUCCAGCCCUACGGUGACGACGAAGAGCCGCCGCGGUGCGGCCAGCCAGUUUCGGGGCUGCUGAGCGUGCACCUCCGCGGCGUGCGGGACCUCCAGGUGGGCGCCCGCGAGGUGUUUUGCGUGCUGCAGGUGGACGGGGUCAAGCGAGGCCGCACGGCGCCGCUGCCCUGCAAAGCGUCUUUCCUCAGCCUCAACCACACCUUCAACCUGGAGCUGGAGGGCGCUCAGCACCUUAGGGUGCUCCUCUUCUCCUGGGACCCGGCCGCCGGCCGCAACCGCCUCUGCUGCCACGGCACCGUUGGGCUGCCGCACAUUUUUGCAGGUGCCCAGGCGCGGCGGUUGGCCCUGCGGCUGCGACCCGGCGGCGUCCUCUUCUGCAAAGUCACCCUGGCGGAGCGGCGGGCCGGCGGCGAGCGGGAGCCGCGGGUUUUCGGCGUGGAGCUGCGGCGGCUGGUGGAGAGGGAGCAGGCGGCCGCCAAGGUGCCGCUGCUCAUGCAGAAGUGCCUGGCCGAGAUAGAGAAGCGGGGGCUCAAGGUGGGUGGCGGCACCGCGGGGUGCUCCCUCGGGGACGAUGGCGCCGUCGGUGAUGCCACCGCCCACCUCGCGCCCAGGUGGUGGGGUCUGUACCGGCUGUGCGGCUCGGCCGCCGUCAAGAAGGAGCUGCGCGACGCCUUCGAGCGGGACAGCGGCGCCGUGACGCUCUCGGAGCACCUCUACCCCGACAUCAACGUGGUGACGGGCAUCCUCAAGGAUUACCUGCGGGAGCUGCCCACGCCGCUCAUCACGCCCACGCUCUACCGCGUGGUGCUGGAGGCCAUGGGUGCCCGGGCACCCGGCGUGCUUCCGGGCCGGCAGGACGCCGUCUCCCUGCUCGACUGCCUGCCCGACGCCGAGAAGGCCACGCUGACGCGUCUCCUGGACCACCUGAGCCUCGUGGCCUCCUUCCACGGUUUCAACCGCAUGAACCCGCAGAACAUCGCCGUGUGCUUCGGGCCGUCCUGCUCGGCCGCAGCCACGAGCCGGGAUCGCCCUGCGCCCAGCGCUCCGCCGGCACCGUCGACUUCAAGAGGCACCUUGAGGUGCUACACUACCUGCUGCAGGCCUGGCCGGCCCCCCAACAGGAUCACCAACCCCCCAGCCCGGCUGUCCGUGUCCCCAACGUGGCCUAGCUGCGCCUGAGCGGCCGGUGGUGGGCCCGCCACCGUCCCCGGGGUCCCGAGAGCCCCCCCAGCAACCGCUACGCCGGUGACUGGAGCAUCUGCGGCCAGGAGGUGCUGCCGACCGCGGCCACGGCCACGGCCACGACGGUCUUUGUGGCCGACUUGGAGGACGAGGCGCCCUUCAGCCCCCGGCUCAACCUCAAGGACUUUGACGCCCUCAUCCUCGACCUGGAGCGGGAGCUGGCCAAGCCCAUCAACGUAUGUCUGUGAGCCACGGCCACGGCCGAACCUUUCGGACCAAAUCCCGCAGCCUUUGCCCCCAUUUGAGGAGGGCCCGGCUGCAAACGUGGCCCCCCCCCCCCACCCUGUGGUCUCACAGGGGUGGCUUUUCACGGCCAAACUCUGCCACCAAGUGCCUGUCCCCGUCCCACGGCACGGGAGCUGUUAUUUAUUACUCGAGCUUUGCCGCCACGGUCCUACCCCGACCACCUUGCGUGGCUGCCACCCACAUGAGGAUGGCCCCGGGGCCCCACCGCCGUCACCAGCAAUAAAGGACACAAGCUGCACUCA